GCAGCUUGCUACUCGUGAGGACGUUGUGUCCUCUCUCCUGGACUUGAGCAUGCUCCAGGCUCGUAAGGAGCGACUCACCCUCCAUGUCGCUGCACUGCAUCGUCUUCUCGCCAUCCUCUCUGAUCCUGAUCGCACCCUCCCGAUCAUCCCAGUACGACUCGGGACCUCCACGAGGAUGUACUCAGCGCUGUGGGAUUUCGGUUCUCAGGGCGACUUCAUUCACCCACGCGUGGUGAAGGAAGCCCGCUUACCCACGACAGGGUCUCCGAAUCCCAUCUCCGUUACCCUAGGGGAUGACAAGACCCAGCGCUUCUUCGAUCAGACGGUCACCGAGCUCCCCUUCUUUCUCACUCUCGAGCCGACUGAUCGUUCCCCGGCGUCUCGUUGCCACCGCUCCUCUGCACAUUUCGAUGUGAUGGAGACGGGGUAUGACUUCAUUCUCGGCACUCGGUGGUCUCGUCGGUUCCGCAGCACCGAGGCCGAUUGGGCGACCAACACACUCGUUCUCAAAACGAAGUGUGGACAGACGUAUCGCGUACCUUUCAUAGGUACCACAGCGACACCACGCCCCGAUCCUUCUCCCCCGGAGGCUUCAGUGCCCACACCAUCUCUCUCUAUCACUGUCACCUCGACUCGGCAGUUCGCUCACUUCAUUCGACAGGACGACGUCACCUUCUUUAUGGUGGACGUGACGGAUCUCGUACACUAUGAUCCACCAUGUCCCGACGCCGAGCUCAUCCCUCUGGAGCCAGAUCCUCCCUCUAUCUCCAUGACUCCUAUCUCUACUUCCGUCCCUCCGCCGUCCGUCGAGUCCACCCCGCCGUCACGCGCUGACGCUGACGCUGAGGAACUCGCACGGUAUACGGCUGACCUGGAGCCCGCAGUUCGUGACCUCAUCCGAGAGUACCACGACGUUUUCCCAUCGUCAUUCUCGUACGUCGGCAUCCCACCGAUGCGUGACGUCGAGCACUCCAUUCAGCUUGUGCCUGACUAUCUUGUUCACCACCAGGCACCAUACAGACUCUCGAUCCCCGAGGCCACCGAACUCAAGCGUCAGCUUGAGGAGCUCCUGAGACUGGGUUUCAUUAAACCCAGCAACUCCCCGUGGGGUGCACCCGUCCUCUUUGCUCGCAAAGCGGAUGGAACUCUCCGUCUUUGCAUCGACUAUCGCAGUCUCAACCGCUACACGGUUAAGAACAGCUACCCCAUGCCUCGUUCCGAUGACCUGUUCAAUCGCCUAGCAGGCAACCGCUUCUUUACGAAGAUUGAUCUUCGUAGCAGUUACCAUCAGAUCCGCGUCGCUGCAGCCGACCAGCCGAAGACCGCGUUCCGAUCGCGAUUCGGCCACUACGAGUUCACGGUGAUGCCAUUCGGCCUCACCAAUGCACCCACUACCUUUCAUAGGGCGAUGAACGACAUCUUCAGGGACAUCCUAGAGCAGUACGUUCUCGUCUACCUCGACGAUAUCCUGGUCUACAGUCGUACCCUUGAGGAGCACCUCAGACACCUCCGCGACGUCCUUGACCGCUUGCUCAGACAUGGCUUCUACGCCAAGCUGAGCAAGUGCCGCUUUGCCCAGCACAAAGUGGAUUUCUUACGACACUACGUGUCUGACCAGUGUCUCCACAUGGACGACGCGAAGAUCACUGCUAUUGCGGAGUGGCCCACCCCCACAUCCGCCAAGCAGCUUCGCAGCUUCCUAGGCCUGACCAGCUACUAUAGUAACUUCAUCCGGGGAUACGCUAGUCGAUUCUGGCGACGGCUCCACGAGGUAUACGGCACUCAGCUUCGCUUCUCCUCGUCUUACCAUCCUCAGACUGAUGGUCAGACCGAGAUCACGAACAGGACUCUCGCAGAUAUUCUUCGAAAGAUUGUUCGUGACGAGCAGCAGUGGGAUCUUCAUCUUGCCCACGAGGAGAUAGCCUACAACCACGCCGUCUCGCCAGCCACGGGGAUGUCGCCUUACUAUUGCGACCUCGGCUAUCACCCUCGUGUUCCCGCGGACUUUCUUCGACCGUCGCAGAUGCACCCCGACACGAGUUGUCCCGCGCUGGAUGAUUGGGUUGCACACAUGACGUUGAUCAUGAAGACCGCACAUGAGCACAUAGCCGCUUCCCAGACUCGCAUGGCAGCACRUGCGAACCGAUCGAGGAUGGACCAUCCAUUCAAAGUGGGUGAUGAUGUGCUUAUCAACGCUCGCCACUUACAGCUCGAAGCGGACAUGCUUCUCAAGUUUCGGCGUCGCUUCUUUGGCCCAUGCCGCAUCCUCCAGGCCGUCGGUUCUGAUACGGCAUCUAGCCCGGUCAGCUUUCGUGUGAAGCUGCCCGACUACCUACGCCAGGCUCGUGUGCAUGAUGUCUACCACGUCUCGUUACUGCGUCCUUACCGCAGACCGUCUGAGCGUUUCACUGGACGACCAUACGAGCGCCCUCCACCCCUCAUGGUGGACGACCACGAGGAGUUCCUCGUUUCAGACAUCAUUGGUCGCCGAGUCACCGACGACAACCCUCCCCACGUCGAGUAUCUCGUACGUUGGAAGGGUUACCCUGAUGAGGAGGCUACCUGGGAGCCCCUCGAGCACUUGCAGCAYGCUCGCAUGUUGGUGCGUGCCUAUGACCGUGCUCGUCGUGUUGGGUUCACUGCUCCUCCUUAGCCCACUGACCCUCCUCCCUCUCCCCCGGCUGAGGAGGCCGCUGAAGUCG